GCUAUUCUGAUUGGAAUUUAUUAUUAUUUUUUGAGAAAAAAACAAACAAAAAGUUUAGGACAAGAUGGAUUUGCAGCAACUGGAGGAUGAGGCGCGGCAGGCUGCGCUCAAGGACAUACAGAACAUGCUGCAGCGUCCGGGGCAGCUGGAGAAAGUGGAGCAAUACCGCCACCGGAUCGCCCGCAAGAAGGCCUCCGUGGAGGCGUUGCUGAAGACAGGAAUGCAAAACCAGCUGGACGGCGUCCGGGUGGGGCUGAAGCAGCUGGAAACGUGCAUGCAAGAUGUGCGCGAGGUGCGCCGGCGAAUGGAUGAGGUGGAGAAUCUGCUGCAGGGCGUACCCGAGGUGUACGAUGCCUUGGAGGUGGUGCGAGAGGAGAACACGAAACACUCGCAGUAUGCCACGGCCAUGGAGAACCUGAAGCACAUCUUCAAUGUGGACGCCAGUGUGCAGAAGACCAUGGGGCUCAUCGACGAAGACAAGCUGCUGAAUGCCCACCAGUGCCUGGCCGAUCUGGAGAACUCCCGUGACGAUCUGCUGUACGAGCUGCACAAGCAGCCGAAGCAGCACGCCUCCGACAAGAUCACCCUGAAGCGCCACUUCGAGAAGGUGGACACCGUGUCGCAAGCGCUGGAGAAGAAGCUGCGCCUGAUCCUCAGCCGCACCCUGAACACAGUGCGCAAGAAGCCAACCGUCAUCGUGACCGCUCUCCGCAUCAUUGAGCGCGAGGAGAAGAACGACCAGUUUGCCUUGCAGCAACAGAAGGUGACGGGCUUCUUGCCGCCCGGUCGCCCGAAGGCGUGGCGCAAGAUGAUCUUGGACGUGCUGCAGUCGUCCGUCGCAACGCGCAUCGAGGGCUCCAAGCUGGAGGAGCGCACCGACAACAAGAUGUGGCUGGUGCGCGACCUGGAGAUUCUGCGACAGAUCAUACUGGAGGACUUGCGCGUUGUAAAGUCGCUGUGCGUGCCCUGCUUUCCACCCCACUACGAUAUAUUCAACGAGUACGUCAAGUUCUACCACGAAGGCCUCUCCAGCUAUCUGGACACCAUUGUGCGAGCCGGUCUUGAGGGCAACGAGUACGUCUCCAUGCUGGCCUGGGUGACCCACACAUAUCCCGGGGCUGAACUCAUGUCGCAUCCGGACCUCAAUGUGGAUGUGCACAAGUUGAUUGGAACGCUGCUGCGGCCCGAGCAUCUGAAGGCGCUGGAGGAUGAGUAUCUGCAGAAUAUGCAGCGCAAUUACCAGGAGUGGAUGACCAAGGCAGCCGAGACGGAGAAGGUGGAGUGGUUCUCCGAGACGGUGCCGGACCAGGACGAGCACUACUACCACACCUCGGCGCCGGUGAUCAUCUUCCAGAUGAUCGACCAGCAUCUGCAGGUGACAAACACCAUACACCAGGAGCUGACGUUCAAGGCGCUCGUAAUGAGCAUACAGCAGGUGGAGAUCUUCGGCCAGACCUACCUGAAGAACGUCAUCGAGCUGAAGGAGCACCACUUCCGCAACCGGGAUCAGAUCAAGUACUUCACGCACUACAUCAUCACCAUUGUGAACAAUAGCCAGCAGAUGGUGGAGCUGGCGCAGCAGAUGAAGCAGCUUUACUGGCCCAAGUCACGCACCGAGCACUACGAGGACUUUGAGCGCCUGCUGGCCACCUUCCAGCGCAUCCGAGCGCACGCCGCCAGCUAUCUGCUGGAGGAGGCCUUCCUCGACAUGGAGUGCCACUUCCACGACCUGUUCACCGUCAAGUGGCUGGCCAGCAGCAUGUCUGUGGACACCAUAUGCGUGACCCUGGACGACUACUUCCAGGACUACAACCAUCUGCGGCCCAACAACUUCGAGAUGGUGAUCAACGAAGCCCAGAAGCUGCUGGCAAAGCGCUACAUCCGCGCCUUGCUGUCCAAGCGGCUAUCAAAGCCACGCGUCGAGUGCGACGCCAUCACCCGCAAGAUCAAGCAGGAGGCCAAGCGCUUCAAGCUCUUCUUCGAGAAGAUUGCCCCAAAGAUUUCGCUCAGCGACUCGCCGCUUGAUCUCAUCACCACGCUCUCGGGGCUGCUCAUCUCGGACAUUGAGUUGCUGGUCCUCGAUCUGCACACCCUGCUGGGCAGCUAUCCGUCCCUCACAGAGGACCAUCUCGUCCGGCUCUUCUACAUACGCAACGACGUGAAAGCGGCCGAGGUGCGCGAAAAGGUGCAGGACGCCAUGAAGUCCAAGAAGGCAAUGGUGAGCAUUGCCAAGCAGGACUGCAUAUUCAAGGAGAUUGUGUUCAAUGACAAAUUGUGGUAGACCCUGUGUAUGUUUGUAUUUUGUAUCUGUUGCUCCUUAGUUCCCAUUCCGCAAGCUAAUAUCUGUUCAGUAUCGUAU